CAAAUUUGUGUCAAUUAUUUAUUGUUGAUGAACUUAUUUACCAUAAUUCCAAAAAUAUAACAAUACAGUUGUUUGUCAGUGGCUCUAUUUCUUGAUUAUUUAUAAAGUUGAAGAAUAAUGGUUCGACCAACAGGUCUAUUACAACAAGUCACCAAGGCGAAUUUACCUUAUUGGAAAAAGAAUCCUCAUUUAGACAAAAUGAUCCGCGUAGACCACGCAGGCGAGCUAGGCGCGGAUAGGAUAUACGCAGGCCAAAUGGCUGUCCUAGGCUCCACAGCCGAAGGUCCCUUGAUAAAGCAUAUGUGGGAGCAGGAGAAAAGACACCGAGAGAAGUUUGAGCAGCUUAUCAACGACUACAGAGUACGGCCUACUGCGCUCACACCAAUAUGGAAUAUAGCUGGUUUUGUACUUGGGGCUGGUACAGCACUUCUAGGCAAAGAAGCUGCAAUGGCAUGCACGGUAGCAGUAGAAACAGUCAUAGUCGACCAUUACAACGACCAGCUUCGAACGCUUAUGGAGGACCCCAACAUAGAUAAGGACAUCCUUGAUACCAUCACAAAGUUCCGUGAUGAGGAACAGGAGCACCACGACACUGGUAUCGACCACGGGGCCGAGCAAGCGCCGUUUUAUAAAGCUCUCACUGAAGUUAUCAAAACGGGGUGCAAAGUGGCCAUAGAGAUUUCGAAACGAGUAUAGACAAUAAUGUUCUCAUAAGGGUCGGCAACGCACGUGAUACCCCUAGUGUUUCAGGCGUCCAUAGGCUACGGUAACCGUUUACCAACAGAUGUGCUGUAUGCUUGUUUGCCAAUGUCGUAAUAUACAAAAGAAAUGUUAUGCAUAAUGAAUAUGUACUAUAUUUUGAGAAUAAAUUGUUAGUUAUUUAA